AACAGGGUAUAUCAAGGGUAUAAGAAAAGGAAUUGUAGUGACCAAGGAGUGCUUCAGAAUUAGGGAGUGAGAACAAAUUUGCGAACCCUAAUUCCUUCGUUUCCCUUUUCCAUGGCGUCCCAAGGCAGAAGAGGUGGAGUAUCGCUCCCUGCUAGGCCCAGCGAUUCCAACUCCAUACUGGCCAGGAUCUCACGCUCCUCCAUCGUCGUCCGUGGUAGGGAGGCCGCCGGCGACGCCGCCUUUGUAGCCAAGAAGCUCCUCCAAAGCACCGGCAAGGCGGCCUGGAUCGCCGGCACCACCUUCCUCGUCCUCGUCGUCCCUCUCAUUGUGGAGAUGGACCGCGAGCAGCAGCUCAACGACCUCGAGCUCCAACAGGCCAGCCUCCUUGGCACCCCUGCCCCCAAAUAAAUACGAGGUUUUCUCAGAUCCGUUCCUUCCAUUUCAAACGGCUUGCUGCUUGCGCUUCUACUUCUAGGGUUUCCGCUUCCAAUAAUUUUACCUUUCUAGAUUUUGAUAAAAAGAAACACUUUUUGUGAGAAGUUUUUGUGUAUUCUUUAGGUUGAUACUGUCAUUAGUUGUUACGACGCGGGUCGGUAUUGUUAUUUACCUGCUGUUUUUAAUAGAAUGAUUAUGUUUCACUAUGCAUUGAGAUGCGUUACUUGAGAAGGGCCUCCUACUCUGAAUAGAGUGAUAUUUGGGUAAAAUUACGAUCGCAUUUCAUAGGUUUAGUCUUAGACUAGUUUCGUAUUGAAGAUCAAACUUAGUUACUGUUCUUAUAUUUUCUUUGCGUAUUGUUUUUGAAACACGUUUCUGUAGCUUAUGAUGGGUUGCUUUUU